AAGCGGACCGCUUGACGAGCCGCGCUUCUAUUUUCCGCGAGUUGCAAAUGUUUAGUUAUUAGUCAUGGAACUAAAAAUCUCAAUUAUUUAUAUUACUCUUUUAGUAAUUUGCAAUACGGCGCAGGGACAGAAAACACAAUUACAAAAUGUAAUCACUGAUUGCCCGAGUCUGAACAAUGGCGACAGCUACACGCAGUCAGAGUUCCUAUCCCGGCUGGCCCACCAGUGCCGCUACGACCGGCUGCUGCUGCCUACCUACAAGACCAAUGACGUAGUGUAUGUGCACGCUAGCGCCUAUGUCUACUUUAUACAGCCGGCUGAGGCCCAUGAUCUGAACUUCAAACUUCAUUUUCUACUUCAACUACGAUGGACUGAUCCUCGGUUGGCAUAUCAAUUAUUUUCGCCAGAAAGGUCAAAAAUCAUAGGUGAGAGUGACUUGAGAGAACGGAUAUGGGUUCCACAUCUGUAUAUGUCCAACGAACAAUCCUCAAGCCUAAUGGGAACCGAUAGCAAAGACGUCUUGAUAUCAAUAUCGCCUACUGGUGAAGUAAUAUUCAGUCGGCGAAUGCAAGCCGUGCUUUACUGCUGGAUGAACCUCCAGAAGUUUCCAUUUGACGAUCAAACCUGCUCAAUGAACUUGGAAAGCUGGAAAUACAAUGCAUCCAUCUUACGCCUGAUGUGGGAAAAAGAAGACCCAGUGCGAUUAUCAUCAGAGCUACAUCUGACAGAAUACUCACUUCUAGAUUACUGGACGAAUGAAUCAGUUGUACGUGGGGACAUAGUCAAUAUGCGCCUCGGAGGUAGAUCGGGAAAUUACAGCGCUCUAAAGUUCACAUUUAAACUUGGUCGUGAAGUUGGUUACUACCUUAUGGAUUAUUUCAUUCCAUCUAUGAUGAUAGUCGCCAUGUCAUGGGUCACAUUUUGGUUACAAGCAGACGCUUCAGCUCCUAGGAUAACUCUAGGCACAAGCACUAUGUUAUCGUUCAUCACGUUGGCAUCCUCACAAGCGAAGACUCUACCAAAAGUAUCCUAUAUCAAAGCUAGUGAAAUAUGGUUCCUAGCCUGCACUGGAUUUAUUUUCUCUGCCUUAGUCGAAUUCGCUUUCGUAAAUACAAUUUGGCGAAGAAAGAAAGCGGUGAGCUUGAAGAAAGUAAACAGCAAGUAUAUAUUGAAGAGUACAUUGACGCCGCGGCUAGCUCGCAAAGAGCUGCAGAAGGAGUUGCAGGAAUCGUCCCCGCAGCUGAGCAAGUCGCGCUCGUGCUCCUCACUCAACCAGGAAACGAGCACCGACCCUGCGGGACCAGGAUACAACAACUAUUUGACCGUACACAGUUUCCCGUCUGCUAUGAACCUGCCGACGAUCACGACCCAGAGCUUCGACGAGCUGAUCGGGCAAGGAGGCAAGCAGCAACGCGGCAACGGCAGCGAGGGCUCCGACGAGCCGCCCAAGCACAACUGGACCACCAUGACGCCGCAGGAGAUCGCCACCUGGAUCGACAAGCGCUCCCGAAUUCUAUUCCCACUCAUGUUUGUCCUCUUCAACAUUAUUUACUGGACUUUCGUCUACUGCCUUUAAUUGUUCAAAUAUGAAGUGGUUGUUUUCAUACACGAAUAAUAUCUCCGGACAGUUUAGAUCCAGUGUAACGUAUUUUCUCUUUUGGAUACAAACUUCCUAUAUGUAGGCUAAUGUCUGGAUCUGAAAACACCACUUAGGUACAAAAUAGAAAGGAAGAGAAUGUUGGGGCAAAAUCUUCGAAUAGUAGGUUAUUUACCUACACAACUUUAAGUGGCCAUAAUAUUUAUACUUUUUGACGAUCAAAUUAAUGAUAGCAUUAUUUUUUGCCAAUCCGCGAAGCUUGCCUAUAAAGAUUCUAGUUACGCGAGGUUGUAUUGAAUUUGUAAGGACUGUGGAGGAACGAGGUGAGCAUGGUACACCUACCUGUUGCCUCUAGAAGUCACUACAAGUUUAUUGUUGAUUUAUUUUAAUGAAUCAAGCUGUAACGAUCGGUACUUAUUACUACUUAUAAUAAAAGAGUAGGUACGCAGAUGUGAUAUCUGAAAAGGCAAAAUAAUAUCUAUCGAAAUAAUUUAUUAUUUAUUUAUUUAUUGGAACAAACAUUCACAAAAACUAAUUGAUGUGAUUGAAAAUAGAAUGCAUUUCUGCAAGAAAGUAUUUGUUUUGAAUGAGUGUGAAAAUAUAAAUGCAAUCUUAGCUCAUAUCAAACUUUAGGGAACAAAUAAUUAGGGAUGUUUGAAGUUGCUAAUUUACAUUAGUAGGUACACAAUUAUGUAUAUCAAAGGUGUUUUUUUAAACUUUAUUCCAAUGUGAACGUUACAUGUUAAUUAAGUAAAGUUAGUACUUAUUUUUGAAACACUAUAACGAGAUUUAUUUUCGAUUCGCAUUUAUGUAAAGUAUAUCAAAUGAGAUUAGUCGACUUUAGUCAAACUAUGGUAAGACAUUAAUAUUGUAACUGUUUUGUUAUAAUUUUGUUAAGUAAACGUUAUUUAUUAAGUCAAAUGUAGUACGUCGGACCGAGAUACAUAUCAAACAAAAUUAAAGGUGCAUAUCUAAUUAUUUAUUGUAAAUCGCGUUGUGAUUUUGAAAGCGGUCUGUGUUCAAAAUGUUAGAUUUGUAGGUAGGUACUAUUUGUACACUCUUUUAAAAGAUUAUUUAUAAUUUAUUCAUAAUGUAGUGAGUGUGAUAGAAAAUGAUAGAAUAAUAAUUCACAGUGUACAUACGCAUGUAGAUACAUAUUUUUGUUAAAGGUAAUUUUCAAAAAAUUAAGUGCCUCCAAGAGAUUAUUUUAGAUAGAUUAAGAAAACUUGUCUACGUAUUAGAUAAGUCCUAUUUGUAAUCUCAAUAAUAUAAACUCGAAGCAUG